AGUUUAUAGUUAUAACACCCUCACAAUCAAGUGCCUGCUCCUUUACUCACUAUGGCAUUAAGGACAAAACCUCAAAAUCAUAAAUCAUCAGAUUCUAGUGAUAUACUUGGGGCAGUCUCACCAGCGAAUCAGUAUCUUGUCCGUCUGAUUGAAGACAAAAAGGAACUGUUCUUCAAAAAGCCAACAGAGGAUAGAAUGAAAAUGGUUUUUCAAGUAUUAGAAGAUAUCUUGCCAGAAUUGGGGAUCUACACCAGUGUAUUGAAACUCAUCAGGGAUGAAUUGUAUGAUGGAGUUUACAGUUCCCAACUUACUGUGAAUUCCGGAUCAGAAACUGGAAUAACUGAUGCAGCCACAAGAGCGCCUUACUUCAGCUUACUUCAAUGCUUGCAGGGAAAACGAAAUGAAGAAGCGGAAGCUGUCAGUAUCAAAUUGAAUGAUUUAAGAGAGACUUUGUUGCAGAAAGAACAAGAAGAAAUUCACUUGCACCAUUCCGUGGCUGAAUUGAAGGAAAACAACAGAUUACUGGAAGAUCACAGAUUUUCCCUCAAUAAAACUGUGCAUGACAAAAAUGAGGAGAACAAAAGGCUUCUUCACAAAUAUCAUAACCUAAAGGAGGAGGCUGCAAAGCAAGCCAGAUCCUGUGAGGUGAACAUCACAGACCUAAAGACAAAGCUGCAGGAUGCAAGAGAACAAGUGGCCACACUCAGCCAGUAUAAGAAGAUUUAUGAAGAGCUUCAAGAGGGUUUUCAGUACCCUAUGGAAAUGAAGAGAAAGAGCCCAUUGUCGACAAUUUUAACAAAAACUCCUGAGAACCAAAAAGCAGCUAGAGCAGCAAGCAAGGCCCAUUUAGUCUCAUGUAUUGACGCUACAGAACUACUUGAGCAUCAAGUUUUGAGAGUGCAGAACAGUGUCUUUGAAGAUUUUGAUUUAUACUUAGAAAGUCAUAAGACUUGGCUGGCUUCCAAAAUGUUCCAGAAUAACCGAACUGAUCCAACUUAUUGUGAUGAGGAACUCGAAAUGCAAACUAUAAACAAAGAAUUUGCAGAAAAACAGGAGAUGUUUCAGCAGUCAAUGGCAGAAAUUGCAAUAGAGUUAGCCCUCGGAAAUCAACAUAAGGAAAGCUUGCAACAACAGCUGAAUGAACAGAAGACUCUGAAUCAGGAAAGACAAGAUGAAGAAAAAUCUGUGAAAUCUGCACCACAUACCACACAAGCUCCGAUGUCAAAGGUCACUUCUGGAAGCUCGGGAUUAGGAAGAGGUGCGAAUCCUUCAUCACUAACUGAGGCGGAGAGCCAAGAGGAUGAAACCCUGCACAGAGCUUUCUUGGAUGCCUUUCCUGCAAAUGAAGUUGUAUUGAACAAGUAUUCGGCUAUGCUUUACAUCUCCAGCAAUGGCGGCGUCACCUACGAAGAAGUCAAUGAAGCCACAGUGUGUUUGAACUGUGCAGAGAAGACAUUGCUCUGCCCACACAAAAUUGGUAACAACUGUGUGAUUGCACUGCCCAGGAAUUGCACCCACAUUAAAAUCAGCAGACCCAAAGCUCACAUCAUUACCAUGGAGGCUAAGCUGCCAAAGGCAAAAUUGCAGGCACAUGUCCCAAACUGUGACACAGGAACUGUCAAUUUGGUUGAAUCAUCGUCUCAUAGUCAAAUUAUGGAGGACUCUGCAAACGCCGUCUCUGCAGAUCAGGCAGGAAAAUCAAAAAACAACACCACACAACCACUUGCAGCCCCUGGAGCUUGUAAACUCCAGCCACCACAGGCAGAGAGCAUCUGGCAGAGGGAGGGGAAAAUUGCUCUGGGAAAUAAUUUUGCAUCGAUAUGGGAUAAUUUCAGAAAAUGUACACAAUUCAAGCGAGUGAUGCCCAGAAUAAUUUCUCUGAAUCGCUGUCUGUCCAUUAUUGAACACUUCACAGCCAAUCUCGUAUGGAAAGAUGAAGCCAAACUGAUCAGUGAGCCAACUCUUCCUGUUCAGGAUGUUCUCACUGCACUCUUCACUGAAUACUACAUUACGGAAAGCAUCAGCAACUUGGCACUGUAUGAUUUUCUGACUGCCGUGGAGAAAUAUGCAUCAUUGAACAGGCUGAUUGCUGUAUUUGGCCACAUUUUGUGUGGGAAGUUAGAUGCUGCGGUGUUACGUUACAUUGUUUUGAUGGCCGAGCUGGUGAACUGUGUCUCCUGGAAGCUUGCUGCAGAUUUCCAGAUGUUUGGGUCUGUUGUUUACUCUCUGCAGGAAGAUGAAAUGGAGACGAUGAUGAUGGGAUAUCUAGGCUUCAAUGAGAGGCACAUUUCAAAAACACUGGUGAUGGAAUAUAUUCUGAAUCUGAUUCUAACUAAUUCUGAGCCAAUGUUUAAGAAGUUUGAAGCCAAUCUUCUGCAGCAUUCUGGAACUGAGCCUGGUUAUCUAACAAGUGCAGAAUUUGCACUGGCUAUUGAAAAAAUAGCACCACUCUGCAACACAAAAGUGAGCCAAGUCUUGGCUGAACAAUCCAUUGCCAACAAGCAAAGUGCUUCAAUUUCACUAUCGAAUGCAGCGCAGAUUACAGCAUACUUGAUUCUGCUACAGCAAAUAGAUCAGCAUCAAGAACAGUUACAGACUAAACCAGAACGGUCCUUGGAAUCGACCAGAGAAGUUGUGCCAGAAGAUGGACAUCUCAUUACCAUGUCCAGCUUAAAACUACUGGCCAAUAACAUAGCCAGGAUGAAGAAGAUAAAAUUGGCAAAAGUACGCUAAAAUCUAACAGAAAAAGGACUCUUCAAGAAGGAUUUGAUUUUUUAAAAUCAGCUCUUUUCGACUCCACUUGUGAAAAACUGAAUGUACAUUGAAAUUUAUAUUUUAAUUUAGUACUUUGUCCUUUUAUUCCAUGUGGUUUAAACCAAGAUAGUUGUUUUACAGUCAUGUUUAUAUUUUAAAAUUCAUUAGUUGAUCAGUUAUAGGAGCAUAAUUAGAUCAUUCAGCCAAUCGAGUCAACUCCGCCAUUCAAUCAUGGCUGUGCUAUUUUUUCCUCUCAAUCCCAUUCUUCUGCUUUCUCCCCAUAUCCUUUGUCACCCUUACUAAUCAAGAACCUGUCAAGCUCUGACUUGGCCUCCAUAGUCAUCUGUGACAAUAAACUCCUAGGAUCAUUUUAAACAUACAUUUCUUAACAGUUUAUUCCGAAUCUCAAACAUUUUGGGAGUGAUUUGUGAAUUUCUUAUGAAAUUGAUAAUGCGGGGGUCAUCUGUACCUCUAAUUAUUUGUUAUUAUUCAGGAACAUAUCAAGUGUAAAUUGAUUGAUUGAAUUGAUUGAAAGAUCAUAAGAUCAUAUGGGAUAGGUGCAGAAUUAGGCCAUUCAGCCCAUCAAAUCUACUCUGCCAUUCAAUCAUGGCUGAUGGAUCUCUCCCUCCUAACUCAAUUCUCCUACCCUCCCCAUAACCUCUGACACCUGUACUAAUCAAGAAUCUAUCUAUCUCCGCCAUGAAAAUAUGCACUCACUUGCCCUCCACAGCCUUAUGUGGCAAAUAAUUCUAGAUUCACCACCUGCUAACUAAAGACAUUUCUCCUCAUCUCCUUCCUAAACGAAUGUCCUUUAAUUCCGAGGCUAUGACCCCUAGUUCUAGACUCUCCCACUAGAUACAGCAUGGAAACAGUUCCUUCAGCCCACCGAGUCCACACUGACAAUCAAUCACCUGUUCAUACUAGUUCCAUGUUAUCCCAGUUUUGCAUUCACUCUCUACACUCGAGGGGUAAUUUGCAGAGGGCAAUUAACCUACAAACUCAAACUACUUUGGGAUGUGGGAAGAAACUAGAGUUCCUGGAGGAAAUACAUGUGGUCACAGGAAGAACGUGCAAACUCCACACAGACGGCACCCGAGGUCAGGAUCGAACCUGAUGUCGCUGGCGCUGUGAGGUAGUGGUCCUACCAGCUGUGUCACUGUGCUUUCCAUCUUAUGAAGAUCCUAUCCUUAUGAAGAUUCCGGACGUUAUAAUGCUAAAAUCCAUUGGCAAGUUGGAGUUUCAGUUAAAGUUUUAUCAAGGACAGGACAGGACCAGUGUUGUAGGUAAACAAUAGUCAGGGCUAAUAAUUAGUAAGUAGAGAUGUGGAUUGUGGUAAUGUGGUGACAGGAAACCGCAUUCAAAGCCGAACAGGAAUUUCAUUGAUUGUGCGUGCAUCCAUCAUUGUAACAGAAAUUCAGAUCUACUGAUCACAAAAUUUAGAUUUGUGGAUAAUCAUCCCAUUCUGUUUGUGACCUAAUUAAGUCUUUCUGAGUUCCAUUCUGUAAUUAAGACCUCAAGUUACUAUUUAUUACGUUUCUGAGUAAUCUUGUCAUCUGUGAAUAUAAAAAAUGUACAAAAGUCACAUUAGACAGGUCAGCGUUUGCUGGCCUCCUGGUGUGCAAGCACCAAUUUAAUAAAUCACCCAUUACUGCAAACACCAACUCCGCGUGGCCAUACUAUUUUUGCCCCUACACUCUAAUAGCUCAAUAGUAACCAGACCAAUAAUGACCAUACACAUGCAAUACUAUAAUGCAUAACAGUAAUGAAUGGUUCCAUUUAAAAUUGGUACGUUGUGUUGGGACUGAUCUAUUGCCAAAUAGCAGUGAAGUCUGUGCAAAGGGAUUUAAUGCUGAGGCUUUAUAAGGCACUGGUCAAAUCCUGCUUGGAGUAUUGUGAGAAGUUUGGGGCCCGGUGACUGAGGAAUGAUGUGUUGGCAUUGGAGUAGGUCCAGAGGAGGUUUACGAGAAUAAUCCCAGGAAUUAUAUGGGUUGACAUAUGAUGAGCAUUUGAUGGCACUGGGUCUAUACUCACUGAAGUUUAGAAGGAUGAGGGGGCACUUCAUUGAAACAUACUGAGUAGUGAAAGGCCUGGAUAGAUUGAAUGUGGGGAGGACCACAGGACCAGAGGCCAUAGCCUCAGAAUAAAAAUACAUAACUUUAGAAAGGAGAUGAGGGGAAUAUAUUUAGGCAGAGGGUGGUGAAUCUGUGGAAUUCAUUGCCACAGACGGCUGUAGAAGCCAAGUCAAUGGAUAUUUUUAAGGCGGAGAUCGACAGAUUCUUGAUUAGUACGGGUACAAGUGGUUAUGGGGAGAAGGCAGGAGUAUGCGGUUGAGAGGGAAAGAUAGAUCAGCCAUGAUUGAAUGGCGGAGUAGACUUGAUGGGCCAAAUGGCCUCAUUCUGCUCCAAUAAUUUAUGAACUUAUGAACAAGAGUGUAAACCCAGAUAGUCCAUUCUCUGCUGAUAUUAGUGAACCCUGUCGUCAUGGGGGGUUCAAUGGCAUAUGUUAUUUGAUAGGACAGCAUGUUGCCACUGGCACUAGUAAACAGCCACACAUAAAUAUAUAACUGAUUAUACUCUGAAUGUUUUGUGUAAUGGGCAAAUUUUCCAUGAUUAUUGCGACUAUUGUUUUUAAUUAUAUUUUAAUUACAGUGAUUUAAUUAGAUGUUAAAACAAAUGGAGUUUUAGUACAAAGAAAUCCUAUAUAUUUUUCUUCAACAAAAAAUCUUUGAUUUAUGAGGCAUUAGCUGUAUAUAUCUUUCCUAUGAAGAACGACUGAUGUAAUUGACUCUUAAUUAAUAAUUAAGAAAUCACUAUACCUCAGAAAACUAAAGCAAUUCAAGUCUUCCAUUCUUAAUCAUUUCUGUAUUAACACUGAUUUAUAAGAAUCGCUAAAUAAAUAUCUGCAUCCACUGAAUGUCUUACCAGUUAUAAUAUUUAGUAUUCAGUGUGAAUAGGGCAAACUGUGACAUGAUUAACAUUUUUCAUUCUAAUGAAAAUUAAAUAUACUCUUUCUGAUAAAUGAAAUGUCAUUUCGAAAGGUCACUUAAACCAAAUUAGACUGAAGAUCAAACCUAUCUGCCAAUGUAUAACAUUAUUUUGAGAUCCAUUUACUCACCUUUAUAUUGAAAGCUCUGAUAAUUAUAGGUUAUCCCAAUGUUCCAGCAGGGUUUUUCUUUAAAUGUUAUAUCAGACUGAGAGGGAGAUGAGAUGAUUUGGAUGAAGUUUGCAAAAGCAACCAUUUCAAAAGCUGCUUUGGGCAUUUUAUAUUUUAUUUUAUCUCGGUGGGGAAUGGACUGUCGGAGAUGGUCGGGAUGAACUGUGGGAGAUGUUGGGAUUGAACUGUGAUUGGAAUGUUUCCUCAUUUGCCAGUCCAGUACGUUGGAGAUCUUUGCCUAUGUUACAGAACACACAGGAACAAUAACCUGUCAGUUCUUGUCACUGCCUUUAAACUUUUCCGACAAUGACUUGCUCUUGCUUCCUGAACAAACCUAGAUUUCUCCCGUCACCUCAUAACUUGUAACGUGAUAUGAAACAAAAGAUGGAACUGAAAAAUUAUAUCUUAUCCCAUUUUACUUGCUUUAGAACAGCCAAUUUUUUUUCGAUUAUCCCUCUACAAUCAGUCUGAAGAAGGGUCUUGACCUGAAAUGUCACCUAUUCACGUUCUCAGAGACACUUCCUGACCCACUGAGUUACUCCAGCAAUCUGUGUCUUUUUGUGCAUUAACCAGCAUCUGCAGCACCUUCUUUCUACAUUUCAUGCAGGGUGAUGAACCCAAUGAUGAACACAGAAGGAACCCAAUGGGAUGACUACAUUUGACAGCUAGUUUAUAUCUGGAUCUGUUAUUGCCAGUCGUAUCUUAGAAAACUGAUUCGCAAAUUGCUUUUAUGCCCAAGUGAUAACUCUAACCUUUGCUGCCACAAAGCAGUUUUCCCAUCUUCUGUUUGGAUUAUCAAUCUGCUGAAUCUCUUUGAGAUGAUAUAAAUGUUGUAUUUUGUAUUCUCUUUACUAUCUAUGUAUAAGCUCUCACACAAUCACUUACACAAGUUCAGCAUCAAGUUAUCAAAUAACCUUCUUGUUAUUUUUGGUUACAAACAGCAGUUUUAAGGUUAAGAAACAAACCUUAAUUAUAACCAAGGGCCAGGUAGUGUUCAGGGGAGUUGACCUUUCACAGAGUGCAGUUGUUAAAAGGGUUGCAUUGUUGUACUGAACACAUUUAUCCCAUACUGGCAAUAUAGAUCUAUGAUUACCUGUCUUCUUAUCUACAAUAUGUAUGCAUUUGCACAUUUACUAAUCAUCAUUCUUUAAUAGUUCAAUCUAACUGUGAAGUUACAUUAUUUUAUUUGUCAUUUAUCUCAGGAUUUGAAUCGUAUGCAAAUUACAAUAUUUUCUAACCAUUUAAUUUCCAAAUAUUAAUCUAUUCCAGUCCUUUAUACAGUUUGACAAGAAAGGCUGUGUAAUACAGAGAAAUCUGGAACCUCUAGCUCACUUUGGAAAUGUUUAACUCUUCCACUAUUUUUGCAACCUCUUUUUUGUUUGACAUUUCAUAAGUGUCACAGAGUAAUGGGGGUCAUUCAGCAUGGAAACAGGCCAUUCUACCCACCAUGUUCAUGAUCACCCCCCUACAAUCUACCGCCAUCAUUUCAUGUUUCAUAUAUCUUGUGUUUUAUGAUUGUUGGCAGAUCAAUUUCCCUCCUGGGAUAAAUAAAAUUCUAUCAUAUCGUA